GUAAGGAUCUCAGCACGCUGUCUCAUGACACAGCCUAUAGAUAGAUCAAUAUCACACCAGCGGCUAGAUUCACACUGCCUGUUUCCUUCGAAUAUAAAGCUGAGGUCUUGAUUUACCUUCCUACAAACAUGGCCAGCAUCAUGGACAACACUACCGUCGUUGGGGACCGUGACACCCUUCGCAAGGAUCAAGAGUUCUCACUCCAGUCAAAGGAUUUCAAGUCUGCUAUCAGCCAUGGAAAACAGAGACAGCAGGAACACCAUUUUGCAACUGCGCUCGAUUACAUGGAAGAGGACAGGCCAUUCUUUGUUACGAUAGGCAAGGACGGUGUAAUUGCCGCACUUCAGAAGCUCGAUAACCAGCUUGUACAAGCUGGUCGUACCAAUAUCCUGUCCAAGAAGACACCAGUCAGCUGGAUAGGCAGGGAAAUUACCCCCGGACAGAUUGGAAUGAUCAACCACGGUGGAUCACCAAAGAUUGUGACUCGCUCUGGUCGUUAUCCCGGUUUUCCUUUACGAAACUGGUGGGCGCGGACAUGGUGUGGGCCCAGAGGACUUUCGGAUACUGUCAUCGAAUUCCAAGGUCUCACCGUAGUUCAAGUUUCUCAGAACCAAGCAGCGGUCAUUUCUGACCCUCAAAACCAUAUAUUUGUCAUCAAGAAUGCGGGUUUUGUUGCAUUUGCCAUCGAGGGAACUUACGAUGUUUUGUCGAUUGUCGACCAGACUCACUUGCCCAGUUCUGUUAAGGACCGCGUGACUGGCAGCGUUUUGGGUUCGACCCAUGAAGUCAAAAUGAAAAGCAAAAUCAAUGAUCGUGAGGAGAGGGACUUUGUGGUUGCUCUUUUCUUAAACAUUCCUGCAAAUAACUGUGCAGUUCUGCAGCGAGGUGAUGACCUCGAGUUGUUAGGCGCAGGACAAUCUGUCAUCACCAACCCCAGUGUGACUCUGCGUGGCUUGUACACCCUUGGAGAAAAUCAGCUCGAGAUGCCGACCAAAGAUAUCUUCACGCGGGAUCAAGUGCCCGUCAGCUUGACAAUAUAUCUCAAGUGGCAGUUGACGGAGCCAUUGAAGCUCACUACACACGGCUACAAUACUCCUUAUGAUGCUCUUCGGGACAAGACGCAAUCUAUACUCACCCAGAUUGUCGCUCACUUGGACUAUUCUGCAAUGGUCAAACAGCGCUCGUUUGGACCGGAUAAUUUAGAGGAUGGAAGUGAUCCUUCUUCGGCUUUCCUUGAUGCCCUAAGAACGCGUGCCAUGGACGAAAUGCAUCAAGCUGCACUUGAAUAUGGUAUUAUUUUGAAGGAUCUUGCCGUCAUUGACAGGCAAUUCAAGGGUGACAUCGCAUCAACGAUGGAUAAACUCACGACUCGUGCUUUGCAGGCCCAGGUUGAAGCAGCUAAUGUAGAUAGGGAGAACAGCAACAAAGUCAAGCAAGAAGAAGGCGCCCUUUCCGUCACACGGAUCAAGGCGCAGGCCCUGAAUACCCAAGCAGACGCAGAUGCCUAUAAAGUUAUCGCGGCGGCUAAGGCCCAAGCACAACGUAUGCGGAUUGAAGCGGAAGCCGCCGCUGAAGCGACCCGCAUGGCUGCAGAGGCCGAUGCUGCGGCCAUUCGAAUUAAGGCAAAGGCUGAUACCUGAGGUUGUGGAUGAAUUUGCCCGACAGAUGGAAUUCCGACGAAUGGAGGUUUCUCGGGUGAAAGCCUUUGGCUCGAAAACCGUUUUUGUUCCUUCAGAGGGAUUAGGAACCCAACUGGGAAAUGCGAUGGCUGUGGGUAUGGCCGCCAAUAUGGGAGCUAGCUCGAACCAGAUCUCCCGUUAAAGCUCCUUUAGGCCUUGCAUUGAUUUUCGACCAACAUUGUACAAUAUUUCUUAUGGAUACGCAAUCGCCUCCUUUCUUAUGACUAUCAGGUGUAUUACUUGCUCAGAAUUAUACCCAUAUUAUCAUGUCGGAACCGUUGAUCUGAACCACAAAUGAGUCAACCGGCGGCAGGCGCUAAGCAACCAAAAGCGGACC